GCCAAAGCCCCAGAGUAGAUAAUAUAUCCAAGAGGAACAUCACUUGUUCCAUUGGAAAAUAAACAGUGGAAAAUAAAUGAAAUUAUUAAUAGGGCUCAGUCUUUGAGCCAUAAUUUUAGCCAGAAAAAUCUGUUCUCUUCUGUGCUGGUUGCCUGUUGUGCUGAAUCAGUAUUUCUCAUUUCUGACAGAAGACACCUUCAAAGAAUAUAGAAACUCUUAAAGUGUUAUUUUUGUGUUUCAAAGUUUCUUAAAUUUCAUGUUCAGUAGUGAUGUAGCAUUUAUCAAUAUACACAGCUAACCACUGCUUCUUAAUACAAGUUUCCACUUCACUGGCCCUUUUAGAACCCUUAGUUGGCCAAACAGCUUCCACUGGUAGUUCUCUAGAAUUAAGGAGCUUGGGGAACAAGAUGAAGUAAAGCCAGACCCAAAUUGCUUUCACUGAAAGAGUCUGUAUGAUUGUUUUCUGGAAAGAAGAAGGUAUAAAGUAGCUGAAACAUAUUCAAGAAAGAAGAUUUUGCCUCAAAAACCAUACAGGAUAAGCCCUUGUAUAGCUUUGGCUGAUAUCCUAAACUAAAGCUAUUUAAAAGGCUUUUUUUCUGAGUGGCAUGAGAAAUGAAGAGUAAUAUGGUUCAAAUGGAUCUCCCUUACAGAAGUUACAUGAAAAGUGAAAGUUUCAUUGGGUUUAAAUCAAGUCAUCCUGGUGUCAUUAGAACCCCCGAGUUCAGCCUAGUGGAAGGGUUGGAAGGCAGCCCUUCAGCAGUAAUCGGAUUAGGAGGACUCGCAUAGCUCUGUGGGCUGAACACCAGAUAAAAGAAAGCAGAGCUGCAGCUUGCCCGAAGAAAGGCAGUGAGCUGUGUGGGGAACCAUCAACACACGCUUCCAGGGCUUGGAUUUUGACAGUUCCCUAAAGUAGGGAUGCCUGUGGAUUUCAAUGGGUACUGGAAAAUGGUCAGCAAUGACAAUUUUGAGGAGUAUCUGAAAGCACUGGACGUCAACGUUGCCGUAAGAAAAAUAGCAAACUUGGUAAAGCCUGACAAAGAAAUCCUUCAGGAUGGGGAUCAUAUGAUCAUUAAAACUCUAAGCACUUUUAGAAACUACAUCAUGGAAUUUGAUAUAGGAAAGGAGUUUGAGGAGGAUUUAUCCGGGGUGGAUGAUCGCAAAUGCAUGACCACUGUAUCUUGGGAUGGAGAUAAACUUCUUUGUGUACAGAAUGGAGAAAAAGAAGGUCGUGGUUGGACCCAGUGGAUUGAAGGAGAUAAAAUGCACCUGGAGAUAAGAGCAUGUGGAGUGAUGUGUAAGCAGGUCUUUAAGAAGGUACAGUGAGCCUACUGCUGAUACAGAAGUGAAGAACAGUAGAAUUUACAGACUUACCACCAAGUGCUAGUACUGAACAUCAUCAGUGACAAGAGCAAACACAGAAAUGAAGAUCACAUUAGAAAUGUAUAAUUAGAAUGAAAUAUUUUUAAGAAAUAAUUUUGAAAAAAUGACUGCACAUAAAAGUAUUUUUAGAAAUGCCAAUAAAGAUACUAAAAGCUGUAAA